AGUGGUAGCGGUUGCCCGGCCCAUGCUGGAGAUGUUUAAUGGGCACAAGUCUGCCCACUCCUGCCUGCCCCUUUCACAGCUCUAGUCUCGGUGUGCCUGUCCCUUUUCAGGCCUGCCUCCCUGAGAAGCCUAGAGCUGGCCCGGGAACUGGACACACUAGGCUGUAAGCCUGGAGAAGCUGGUUCUUAGAACCGGGACCAAGCCCAGCUGGUUUCUGAGCCUUCUUGGAGGGUGGACGAGGAUGGCUCUGCCGUCCUCUCCCAUCUGGCGGAAUCCGCCAAACUCCUCCCAACUGCAUCCCUUUUCAGGAUUGCGCCAAAGAGAGAGAGAAGCCUAUCAGUUUAUUCUGGAAUUUCUAGAACAAGAAGAAAUGUCUGAUGAUGACAAGCUGAAGUUCCUGAGGGCUGUGGAAACCUUGAGUGGCGCUGUGCAUGCCCAGGCAAAUGGCAAUAUGAAUGAUUACUAUUCCAAAACCAUCCUGGCCAAGAAAAUUGAGACACUGAUCCUCAAAGAGUCCACUGAGAGUGUGACCAGCAACGUGCGUCAGCAAGCCAUGCAGUGCAUCGUGGCCCUGAGCCAGGUGAACCCACCGUUCCACUUGUCCCAGAAACUUGACCUGGCAAAUGUUGGCAUCUCCAGCAUAUUCUCUCUUCCGCUUGUCAUGCACACUCUAGACCGAAAAGAGAGUGCCAACCUCUACCUCCAGACAGUCCAGGCCUUAGAUGACAUGUUACAAGCUCUUGUGAUGGAUGAUAUGAGCCCAAACAUGUUCGUCCUGCAAAACUUCCUGGAGAUCAUCUUACCUUGGUCAACACUGUCAGACAAAGUGCACGAACAGACCCGGGCUUUGGGCAUGAUUUCCCGGUUGCUGAGGUUUACGUGCAAUUUCCCUGAACUAUCGCACAUGACAGAGUUCUCGAUGAGCGGAACACUGAUGGGCACAUUAGGCCUCUUCUGCAUGAACCCCAGCAACAAGAUCAGCACAGAGGCUGCGGAGGCACUGCACUACUUUCUCAAAAUCCUUGUGCUUCAAAGAAGAGGUAUGAAACACCAGACAGAGGCCAUCCUGAAGGAUUUACAGAAGCACUUCCGCGGGGAAUGGCUUGCCAGCAUGCAGGAUCUCACACUGUUCUUCAUGAAAUACCUGACCCCCGAGGAGAGAGCGGAUAUGAUCAUGGUGGCUAUGGAGGCCUUGGUCAGUCCCAGCAGGCAUGAUGUCGCUGCAGCUUCCCAGAUGUUAAAGAUCAUCUUGAAGUUCACUGUUCCAGAAAUUGGGAAGGUGCCGGAAAUCAUCCGGUACAUUUACAACCAUAUGAACAACAUCAGCGAAGCUACAGCCCAAAAGACUGUAAGGACGGUCCUUUACGUGCUGGCUCAGACCUACACGGACGAAGUUAUCCUGACACUGUGUGAGAUGGAGGAUCAGUCACGAAAAGGGAUUCGCAAGCCCUGGGAAAUCCUGGCAUCCUUCCCCAACAGCUACAAAGUGAUCAUGGAAUAUCUGCUACAGAGGCUGACUCCACAGCAGAGACCAGAGGGCCAGGAGCCCAGCCACAGAACGGAGAUCUCUCCACUGAUUGCCACCAGAGCCAUCCAUGAGCUCCUGCUGGAAUCCGGUCCGCAGAUGGAGGUGCAGACCUUCUUUUCCUCCCUGUUCAUGGCCCUGCUGUUCCGGGUCUCCUUUCUCGUGGUUGAAGGAGGCGCUGAAACUGUCCAGGAUCAGCAACCUGGAACUGAAUGCGUGGACCCUGUGAGAUCGACCAUGGAGGCCCUGAAGGCCUUGAUGCGAAGUUCCGGGUAUGGGGACAACGUGUGUUACAUUCAGAAUCUUGGGGGCUGGGCGCUGCUCGUCAGUCCUGAGCGACACUAUGAUGGCGUCGUGCUGCUGGCCAGGGCCCUGGUCAUCAAGAACUGCUGGCACAACAGCUCCAUCUUCAGCUCCAUCCUCACCUCCCUCCAGGACCCACACUGCAGGGAUCACUUAACAGCCCUCGCGUUCCUGUCGGAGCUGCUCCAGUGCCCACAGGUGGCGGCCAUCGUAGAUGACAUUGCCACCCAAAUUCUGGCAAGUUGGUUCAAGUGUGAGGAGCCAGCCACUGUGAAGCUAUUGCUGCGGAUGACGGAGAUCUUCGCGAAGCAUGAAAACAUGGUGAGACGACUCCGCAUCCUCCAGCCCUGCGUACUGAACUGCUGCUACUCGUCGAACAGUGACGUUGUGAAGGAGACUUUCCUGGUGCUGAAGAAUCUCCUCGAGCUCCUCACCUGGAAGUACUCCUCCUCUUUCCUUAUUCACAUCACCUACACUCUGGUGCCCUUCUUUGAGGAGGAGUCAGAGUAUCUGCGCUUGACAGCCUUUGAGAUCUAUGGAGGUCUCUUGGCCAAGGUCAAGAGGAGGGUCUUUGUCUUGCCCUUGAGGCACCAGGUCCUCAGCUCGAUAGUCCUCCUCGUGCUCCACCUGAAGGAUGUGAAUAUCAGCGUGGCUGAGAUCUGCCGGCCUGCCCUCUGCCGCACGGCCGCGUUACUGGGCUGGUCAAAGCUCAAAGCAGUAUUUGCCGAGAAAGAUGUAUGGACUGUUCUCAGAGCCCUGCUGGAGCAGGAGAAGGACAGGGCUCUCUGGUUUCUGAAGCACAGUGUAGCCCUCUUCAAGAGCCCACAGGUCCCCAUCCGCCAGGCAGCCGUGUGGUUUGCAGGCCAGAUUAUCCAAACCGUUGACUUGGAACAGAUGGAUGAGAUUCAGGAGUCAUGCACAGCCCUCAUGCACAUGCAGAGAGACCCCGACCCCAUGGUCAGCUGCCUCGCCACACAGACCUUCUACAUCCUGGAAGCCAAGGAGAAGCUGCUGCAGGCCAAGACCCCGACCUCCUGCUUCUGCUGGAGGAAGCUCCAAAGGAGCUACUUCUGAGCCUGCGUCCUCGGGUCGCGCGUGUAGACCUGGCCCCGAGACUGUGGCAAUGGGGUCAGGCUCCUGAGCCCUGCACUAGAAAUGCAGGUGCGUUCCUGCAGCACCUCUAUAAUAAAAAGA